AGGGCAUAAAGGAGAGAAACGUAAAGUGCAUCAAUGAUCGAACCACUCCAUGCUAUUAUUAAAGCGUUUUGUACACAAAAAGGCCCGUCCGCGUUUUAUUCUUACUUUUGUCGCUGUGCUGCAUUUCGAUUUCUUUCGUUGAAGUUAUUAAAUCUAAAGAAGAGUAAAGAAAUCAUGAAAUGAUUAUCCGCCAUGUAAUGCCGGCUAUAGGAGACAAAAGGGACCGUCGAAUGCACAUUUCAUUUGAAGUUCACCUUCUUAAGUAAGUAUUAUUAUAAUUAUACACUACUUGUUCGAUGAAUGUCCUCAAAGAAGAUGCACUUCUUAUUGAAACCAAAAUGGCGAAGCUUUUUCCUGCAAACUGUGAAUACUCAGAAAUCCAACUAUAUGUUUUGCGCUCUCUGCUCCACAAUGCCGAUUAAUGAAGCACCAGACGAGCUGCAAGAGCUGUGUAAAGUUGUUUCUAGCUCAGUAGGUGGCUUAGAUGAUUUAGAAUCAAGUUUAAAUCAGUUUAAAGUUUCUUUAACUUCAUCACUUGUUAGCCGGGUUAUAGAUUCUUGUAAAAAUGAAGCACCCACUAGAAGAUUACUACGUUUUUUUUUGUGGUCAACACGGAAUUUGAAUGCGAAUUUGGAAGAUAAGGAUUAUAAUUACGCAAUUCGGGUUUUUACUGAAAAGAAGGACCAUACAGCUAUGAAUAUAUUGAUUUCGGAUCUUCGGAAAGAGGGUCGGGUAAUGGAGACUCAGAGUUUUGGUGUUUUGGCUGAGACCCUGGUUAAAUUAGGGAGAGAAGAUGAGGCAUUGGGCAUUUUCAAGAACCUCGACAAGUUCAAAUGUGCACAAGAUAGUGUUACAAUUAGUGCCAUUGUUAGUGCUCUUUGUGCCAAGGGGCAUGCUAGGAGAGCAGAAGGCGUUGUUUAUCACCAUAAGGAGAAGAUAUCUGGUGUGGAGCUUUGUAUAUAUAGGAGUCUUCUUUACGGGUGGUCUAUGCAAGAGAAUGUGAAAGAAGCACGGAAAAUUAUCAAGGAGAUGAAAUCAGCAGGGAUUAUGCCAGAUUUAUUUUGCUAUAACACAUUCCUUAGGGGUUUGUGUGAGAGAAACCUUAAGCGUAAUCCUUCUGGUCUUGUUCCUGAAGCUUUGAAUGUGAUGAUGGAAAUGAGGUCCUAUAAAAUUGCUCCAACCUCGAUUAGUUAUAAUGUAUUGCUUUCCUGUUUAGGUAGGACAAGAAGAGUGAAGGAAUGUUGUCAAGUGCUUGAAUUGAUGAAAAAGUCGGGCUGUGCUCCCGAUUGGGUUAGUUAUUAUCUUGUUGCAAGAGUGUUGUAUUUGAGCGGUAGGUUUGGAAAAGGUAAUAAGAUAGUGGAUGAGAUGAUUGAACAACGGUUGAUACCUGAUCGCAAGUUUUACUAUGAUUUGAUUGGUGUUCUCUGUGGGGUUGAGAGGGUGAACUUUGCACUUGAGCUAUUUGAACGAAUGAAGAGAAGCUCAUUAGGUGGUUAUGGGCCAGUUUAUGAUGUGCUAAUACCAAAGCUCUGUAGAGGGGGAAACUUUGAAAAGGGUAAAGAGCUCUGGGAUGAGGCCAUGGCUAUAGGUGUUACUCUAUGCUGCUCUAGUGAUGUACUGGAUCCCUCAAUUACUGAGGUGUUUAAGCCAACAAAGAAGGUGGAUGAAGUUGGCUUUGAUCACAGAACACUCCUGCCGCAAGCACAAGCUACAAAGACUAAAAUAGAAGUUAGUAAGAAAAAGAAAAGCAAGAAGAAAAGGGAAAAUAAAAGGAAUUCAUCUUCAAGUUAAACUGUUGAUCAUUGCUUCUACCAGUUGAGUUAUGGAAAAGAUUGUGUUGAUACCAAUACAACAGAGUGACUAAAUAUGCAGGAAGAAGAAAAGUGAAGUAGAAAUAUAAAACUUAAAAGAAAGCCGGGCAGAAAAACUACUUUUACAUCAAUUUAAUACAAAUAGAAGAACAUUUCAGCUUGUGGGGUACUUCAAAAAUCACAGGCAAAGAGGCCCCUUGGUGAGUAGUAUGGAUCACUAAAGCCUCCACUCGAGGAUAAAAAAAUCCAGACAGGUUGUUGGUUGGUUUCUCCUCUGCCAUACCCCAUUUGACUUCAACCCAGUUCUAGAUAACUUUCUUAUAAUUGGAUCUGGAUUCUCUCGUGAUCUGAACAAAAUACAUUGUUGUGAUUAGUGGUUAUUUGAUCGUGAGAGUUGAUUAUCUAAACAGAAUGCCCAAGUAGUAGUAGGAAUCUUUAGCAGACACGGUUCGUAACU